GUGCCCCGUCAAACUAGACAAAUUACUGAGUAGUAAAUUGUCUUCAUCCCUUUACUUCGUUUCCCUCUCCCCAAACUCGCAGCAAACAACAUCAGAAAUCUGUCUCUACCCUGCUUAGCCGACUUCUUCACUGAAACUUUUCUGGCCGUCCAAAACACAAGUGCUAGAUCCAUCAUGGGCUAGGAAAAGUAGAAAUGAAAUAAAUAUUAAAUUUUCCUCUCUGGUUAAAACUUCUGCUGGAGUUUGAUAAAAGGUUGAUAUCCUUGGCAGUGCAAUAGCAUCCUCUCUCCUACUGAUUUUAUGGAGAAAGCUUCACCUGAUUGCCCAUACCCAGGAUGCUUCUUCUGUGUGAUGAAAGAAGGAAACCCGAGCAAGCGUAGAACAAGCAUUUUAAAGUUCUUCAGGGACCUUCCCACUCAGGAUGAUGACGGUCAAGUCCUUCCCAUCAGUGGUCUUUGGAACACUGCGAUGGCCCACCCAAAUGAUCCUGAGUUCAUUGAUUUGGGUAUAUUUGAAUGCAUGGCAUCCCUUAUAUGGAAAGGCUUGAAGAACCGCCGUUGGCUCUCACAUGAUCAAAACAUAUAUAUUCCCUACUAUGCAGCUCACAUAAUUGGAUCGUACACAAUGAAUAUGGAGGACUUUGCUGAACGGGCUGUCCAGUCCCGAGUGGUCCCACCUUUGGUUGAACUUUUAAGCGGGAGGCUAACAUGGGUAGAACAACGGGUUGCAGUUCGGGCAUUGGGUCAUUUGGCAACCUACCCGACCACCUUCGAUGAAGUGGCUAGUCACAGUGAGAUUCUUGAACUUUCCAUCCAGCUAGCAGCGAGUUCGCUUGAGAUUGUUUACACGCACUUUUACCAGUAUGUCGAUAGAAGGCUUAGUUACCAUUGUGACCUUCUGACUCGUGGGAUGGGAGGAGUUGAGAUGGAGUUCAGGAAGGCCGAAGAGUGGGCUAGCCAGCUACAGUGCUGGGCCCUUCAACUCAUUAACUGUUUUGCUUUCAAGCCCGAAUUUCUUCCUGUUAUAUGCAAACCAGAGUUUCUUUGUAAACUUCCUGGGAUGUGGGGUGGGCUUGUUAAUGAGAACUCGCCAGCCGGGGUUGGUCUUUUAAGGACAAUUUGUCAUCAUAAGCUCGGUAGGGGGCCGGUUGCUUCGUGUCCUGCUGUUGUGGAUGCUUUGUGCAAUAUUGCACGCUCAUCAGAUGACUGGCAAUAUAUGGCUAUUGACUGUCUUUUGUGGUUGCUCCAAGAUUCUAAUACCUGCCUCAAGGUAAUUGACAAGGCAGUUCCAGCACUUGUUGACCUUGCUGAAAUCUCAACCCUAGGGGACCACAAGAAGCUUGGAGACUUCAUCGUCAACGUUCUUCAACAAUGCAUUGAAUCACAUGCAACGGGACGUACCCCAAUUAGCAUUCAUGUUAAAGAACAAGUAGGAGAAUUAUUAAGUUCCAGACUAAGGUUAAAACGGGAAAAGAACAUGCCCAAAGAGGAUCUCCACAUCAAACAGGCAGCGGCACUCGUAGUAAAACUCGAAGGAAAUUCACUCUUUUCCUCCGGUAACAUUUCAGGGGCUGCUGUAAAGUACUCGGAAGCACUUUCUUUGUGCCCUAUGAGAUCCAAGAGGGAGAGGGUUGUACUAUACAGCAACCGGUCACAAUGUCAUCUUCUUCUGCAGCAACCUGUGGCCGCCAUUAGUGAUGCCACGCGUGCGCUUUGUCUUCAUAAUCCGGUCAACCGUCACGCUAAGAGUCUUUGGAGGAGAGCACAAGCUUAUGACAUGAUGGGCUUAGCGAAGGAGAGCUUAUUGGAUGCGAUUUUGUUCAUUAACGAGUGUUCUCAAUCUAAAGAUCCAGAUCUUACCUUAAGGCAGAAUAAGGUUCCUGAUUAUGCGGAACGGUUGGUUAAGAAGCAGAUGAGGGUUGCUUGGUUGUUUAGGGAGGCGGCUAUUAAGCAUGGAGGGGUUCAAUUUGAAGGUGGUGGUGGUGGUGGUAGAGAGUCUGAUGAUGAUGACUCGGAAUGGGAGACAGCUAGUGAGAGUGAUAUAUGGAAUGAUGAGAGGGAUGAUAUUUGCGACUGGGGAAAUGAUGUUGAAAGGAAGGACAAGAAUGAGAAAUGUUUGAUGAAAGGUACUAGACAUGGAUAUAGCAUGCAGCUAGCAGAAGAUGAAACAUGAUUUUCAGGAAUGCGCGUUUGUUCACUCUUUACGUGAAAAUUUCAGGUCACUUGAACUUUUGGAAGCUGUAUUUAUGAAGGGUUGACAUGUCUGUCCAGUUUUUCUAUUUGCAGCAGGUAGCUUCCUUUCUCACGUUCUAUCUUUUCUUCAUAAAAUAAAUUAAAUAAUGCAAUUUUAGAGUGGGGAUGUAUCCAUUUAUAGUUUUGGCUCCAGCAUUUUCUAUAUAUUCUUUGAAACCAUAAUUGAACCUACAUGUGUAUAGAUAGAGAGCUUUAAGAUUUUCGGCUUUAAUGUGAAAUAAUGAGUUGUUCUUUUGGCAUCAAUCUAUAUUAUCAAGUGGUGUUACCUAUGCCUUUUUGGGAAAACUGUCAUUGAUUUUUAAAUGCCCAGACAGUUGAACUGUUGAAUUAUCCUGCAACCUGUAAAUUCUUGAUACACUAUUAACUGUGUGAUAUUAAAUUGCC